UUUAGCUCUUUAACGGAGUUCAACCGGUGUCUGGCCCAUUUGGGACUCCUCCUUCAUCAUCGACCCCCUCCUCCUCCCAUCCACACACCUCCCCUUCCUCCUCUUCUUCCUCUCUUCCGCCGCUGCUCCGCUCGCUGCUCCCCGCACAGCCGCAGUCCACGGCGAUGCGCCGUUAACGGCAGAGCCGCUCCGCGCUCUUUUCUUCUUCCUCUUCUUCUUCCAUCAUCCCCGCUUUCAGUCAGAAAGGACCAGCAUCCCUCCCCCCCGCCCCACUCUCCUCCUCCACCUCCCCGGGCUGCGUCUCUGUCCGCCGGCGCCGCACCAUCCCUAUCAAUAACAUGGAAAUACAAGGCUGCCGUUCUUCCAUCUAGACGGGAAGUCUCAGCUCACAGAGUCAAGACGGGGGGCACAAUGAGUGAAGAGCCAGCGGUCACCCCCAGCUGGCUGACUCCUGACCCCACAGCAUGGGCCAGCGGAGGCGGGGGACCAAUGGACAACAGCACCGGCCUGGGGACAUUCCCACCUGACUCCCUCCCGCCCAACCAGCUGCCGCUGCUUGUCAACCCGUGGGACAUUGUGCUGUGCUCAUCGGGGACUCUGAUAGCCUGCGAGAACGCCCUGGUGGUUCUGGUGAUCUGGCAGAACCCGGCGCUCAGAGCUCCCAUGUUCCUGCUGAUUGGCAGCCUGGCGCUGGCCGACCUGCUGGCCGGCCUGGGCCUGGUGCUUCAUUUCACCUGUGCCUACUUGCUCCGUUCCGACGCGGCCCAGUUGCUGACUGUGGGUCUGGUGGUGGCCUCCUUCUCCGCCUCCGUCUUCAGCCUGCUGGCCAUUACUAUUGACCGCUACCUGUCGCUGUACUAUGCCCUCACCUACAACUCAGAGCGGACAGCAGCCUUCACCUCCACCAUGCUGGUGCUGCUGUGGGGCCUCUCCCUGUGUCUGGGCCUGCUGCCGGUCACAGGGGUCAACUGCCUGGCAGAGGAGGCUACAUGCAGUGUGGUGCGGCCGCUCACAAAGAACAACAUUGCCGUGCUGUCCGUCUCUUUCCUGCUGCUCUUCGGCCUCAUGCUGCAACUCUACGUCCAGAUCUGCAAGAUAGUGAUGCGCCACGCUCACCAGAUCGCCCUCCAGCACCACUUCCUGGCUGCCACCCCCCACUACGUCACCACACGGAAGGGCGUGUCCACGCUGGCCAUCAUCCUGGGUACCUUUGCUGCCUGCUGGAUGCCAUUCACUGUCUACUCUCUCAUCGCCGACUACACCUACCCUCCACUCUACACCUACGCCACCCUGGUGCCUGCCACCUACAACUCCGUCAUCAACCCGGUCAUCUACGCCUUCAGGAACCAGGAGAUCCAGAAGGCGCUGUGGCUGGUGUGCUGCGGCUGUGUGCCUGCCAGCGUGGCCCAGCGUGCACGGACCCCUAGCGACGUCUGAUCAAGCAGACCCAGGUGGGAAGAGAGAGGCGGCCUGGGUCAGCUCUGCUCCUCACUGGAUCCGUCUGGUGUGAAAGAGAGCAGCGGCAGUGGAGGUCAGGGGACGUGGCGCUGUGGUUGUCAGUUGUGGCUGGAGGCAGUUUGGUUAGUCAUCCACAGCCCACCUCGAUGGAUGGCUUUUAUUUUCUUUGUUACACUCACUGUAGGGCAAGGUUUCUCACUGUCUUCCCCAGUAAAGGCGGCAUCCCGCCUCCUCCCGUUCAACCCGUGCCACGCCCUUCCUCUGUUCUGCAGAGAGCGCUGAGUGCAUCACGUGUUACAGGCAGCAGCUGUAUAUAGACUGUGCAUAUAGUUAACAGCAUUGGAGCUUUGGUUGACACGUGCUUGCUUCCCCCCCUCUUCUAACAGGGAGGGAUUAUUAGUUUGUGCCCAUGUGCGUGCGUAAAAGCGCACGGCAGAUUAACAAAGCAGUGUGUGCGGUGAGGAGAGGAGAGAGCGGCCGCGGCUGAAUGCGCAGGCAUUUCCACAUAAAGCCCGUCUGGAGCUGGAGCAGCAUCCCGGCGCUCUGCUGCUGCACUCUGGACGUGCGUCGAAAGCUAAACAGCCGCGGAGAGCUAAAAAUAGACCCGGCGCUCUCUGAUCCGCGCCCUGCGUCCUCCACAGACGCCGAGAAAGAAAUCAAGCCCUUUCUUCUCUUCGCCUCUCCAAUUUACUCUUGUCUUCCCCCCCCUCCUCUCUCUCUCUCUCUCUCUCUUUGGGUUGUGUGUGAAUGUGUUUUUAGUUCAGCUCGCGUCUGGGAGGCUCGAGACAAAGCCCCAGGAGACCCCACUAUUAACCCCUCCUCCAGUCUUUAUUAUUAAUGGUGGCACGAAACCGAAUAUCGGCCCAUCGGAUUAUGUAACCACCGUAUAUCCCUCCUCUUUCACUUUUUAAAUGGAGAUUGCUUAUGACUUUUUGAAUGUCCGGAGAUUUACUCGAGAAAAACCCCACAAAAGAAAUAUCCUUAUUUUUAAUUAUGCUAUAGGAGAUUAAAUGAACACGCUUAUGAUCAAAUCACUACAAACCUGUAGAUAAAAGCCCAAAUUGCAAAAUAAUUUAAGUGAUGUUUGUGUAGAAAUCUGCGAAAUCUGAAUAUAUUUCCAUGUGAUUUUCUUUUUGGCUCACACAGAGUAUCACACCAACCACAUAAUAUCUGAUCUGCAUGUUAGACUUUGUGUAAUUUGCAUGCAACAAGCACCGAUCUCCUUUUUCUUUUCCCCUCCCUCCUGGGCUCGAUGUGGUAGGUCACAUAGGCCACUGCAGGCCAUGUGUCAUGAUCCCCUGAUGUCAUCAUGACCUUAAAAAUUUUGUUUAUGUACCACAAUGCACCUCACAUGUAUUGCAUUGAAUGAGCUACAAUCCUCACUGGAUGGUCACAAGAGUUACACUCUUUGAAAAAUGAGGAUUUUUUUUAUAAAUGCUGUGUAGUUUGAAGUUCAGAGGCGUUCUCACAGCUCUGCUUUGAUCAUGAUUUGACUUCCACUAAGUGUAAUUCAACCGAAGCCCAAAUCACAACACGUACCAGCUGCUCUGAGUUAGUUACCCAUUAUUUUUUGGUCUCAAAAUGAGUUCGCAAACUCAACAAAGUGCACGCUAGUUCCUCAUUCCUUCAGAUCAUGUCAGCAAUAACUAGCCUAUGAAUGGUAGUUAUUUUUUUUGUAGAUGUGAAGCAAUACUCAGAGAGCAAUAACAUCCACGUCCUACCAUGACUUCUUCCUGCAGAGUCAAAUACCAUAAACGGCUGCUCGGGUGGGGGAACAGUGUUGCAGUGAAUGGGCUCAGCAAGCUACAAAUGAUGCUUCAGUGAUACAUCUUCGAAAAGGUGGUACGAUAAUCACUCCUGGGCUUGAUCAAACGACUCAUUUUGUCACGGUGACACCACUGCCUCAUUCCUCUGCAAAGUUUUCUUUCUGACCCAAAAUCAGGCUUUGAUCAUUUGUCACACCAGGAUGAAAUUGUAUUUUUCUUUUGAGGGGGUGGGGGUUGCCUCUGCCUUUUGGGAGCAUAUGAACCGUCCUGAGUGUUGUAACCUCAAGUGUCAGUGUGUGAUUUGGGACUGUUUUUUUGUUCCCCGUGCAUACAGUAUGAGUUGCAUGGCCUCUGGGUGUGUGUGCAUGUGUCUGUGUGCGUGUGUGUGCGUGUGUGUUUGUGAUCCAGCAGCUCAGCAGACCACAGUCUGUCUCCUUGUGUUGUCCAGGGGGAAGGGAAGUGGGUAAAACACGUCUGAGGAAUAUAAAUUCCUGUUGACCCCCCCUGACCUUUUGAGGAUAAUGCUGCCAGUCUUCCUGUCAACUCUGAGAGAAGUGGCCUCGUUAUGUGUUUGUAGAGCUUUUUUGAAGACGAAUGGGACUAGGAUGUGGAGGCUCCAGCACUUCAAGCCAAAGUGAAAGGGACUCUGAAUGAACUGGGAUCCUAGUCCUGCUGUGUGUUUUCUGUCUCCUCUAUAUCACUAAUAUACUCUACUUUAAAUCAAUCUAGUCUGGUCGAGGCAGGUGUCCGUUAAGUGACCUCUGAAUGAUUCUAUGAGCUAAAAAAAGGCCACUUCCAAAUACGAGGAUAAUGCUUCUUCUACGCUUCCUUGCUGCUUCCCCUCUCUGUGGGCCCGAUCGGAGGCAUUUGGGGAGCUCCCAAUCUUCAUCUUUCUGGCCUCAGAUCAGGUGCAAAGUGUUUUGAAAAGAAAACAAAAUGUGAGGGGAUGAGUAAAGAAAGCUGAAGAAUAGCAUUUUCUAAGCAUUGGGAUUGUAGCCUGUGUAUGUGAACUUGUGCACAGUGUCAGACUGAUUCCUGUCGUUAUUCGAUGAGCACCAACAGGUCAGGCUGGCACAUCGAAAAACCAUCACAAACUCUUAUUCCUUUACCUUUGGAGAAAAGUCUAUUUUGUUAUAUUCAUUGAAAAGUUCUAUUUUUUUCCACUUUAGUCCGGCCUGAAUUCUUUCAGAUUCUGAUGUUGUACGAUAUAACGGCGCUGUAAAAGCCUUUUUCUGAAUGUAGUAAUACUCAAAUUGUUUAACGGAUAUCCCCUCCUCUCGAUUCAUUUGCUUUUUGUAAAUACGGCAUGCUGAAGAGGAGGGACUUUAUAUACCACCGCGCAUGGUGCUACCAAAGCCAGUCACACUAGGGGGAUGAGAUGGGUUGCACCAGUUUUUUGAAUUAAUGUAGAAUUUCUUCUGUUUGGUUCCUCGCUUCAAUAUGCACCAGUUUGUAAUGGCUGGUUAAAGGACGAUCGAGCGGAUUUGGCUACACAGGUGAGGGAUGUUUGAGGAAUAAAUAAAUUGGUACACGACUUUUUCUGAUUGGUGAAUGUUUUCCUCUUGUGCAGCCAACAGUAUCGUGAGAUUUUCAUAGUUAAAACAGGUGUGAACAAGGGCUUUGUAUCCAAGAAUAGUAAAAGACUGUGAUGUUGGAUGUAAUACUUCUCUGUAUACACACACCUGAUAAUCUAUUGAAUGAUUUCACAGUGUAAUAGUACACAAAGUUGUGUGCAAAGCAAGUGGGUCUUUGAGAAAAUGUGUUGCCAACGAUGGGCUGUUAGUUCAGCGGGAGGAGGUUUUUCUGAUGGUUACUAAUCCAGAGCUAAAUAUCAAAACAGUUAAGGGCCUGUUUGUGUGUGUGUGUGUGUGUGUGUGUGUGUGUGUGUGUGUGUGUGUGUGUGUGUGUGUGUGUGUGUGUGUGUGUGUGUGUGUGUGUGUGUGUGUGUGUGUGUGUUUUGGGGUGGGGGGUUGGAGAUGGGAGAACGCCACAGUAACAGCAUCUUGUGUAAACCGUAUGCAUAGUUUUCAAUGUGAAAUGCACUUUAUUUUUUGGAUGAAAAUGGCACAACAAAUUAAGUAUCUGCAAAAUGAAACGUAUAAACGAUAAUCAACAUGCACUAACUUAACUGAGAUAUUGUAAAAACAUUUGUGUGAACGUGGUGUCUAUUUUUCCAAGGUGUUAGUUGUACUUUUUAUUGCUUUGGUUAGUUCACUCAAUUGAGAGAUCUUGUUAAUUUUGUAUUAAAAACAAACAUGUGCUGUGCAUAAAA